AUGGAUGCUGGAGAAAUAUGGUCUUCAUCAAGAAGUGCAUGGAUUAGUGGAUUAGGAUCUGCAAUGCUUUUCAAAGACUAUGGCUACAGAAUUCUGCCUAGCUUCUCUCAGAUGUUUUGGUUGGGCCCUUCAGUGGAUACCUUGGAUUACAUGAUGAGAAUUGGGGUAUCUGACACAUAUGAUCCCAGCUGGCAAGUUGGUCAUUGGAGAGCAAAAGGCCAUAGUCUGUCUAGAAGCUCCAUGUUUCCUAAUGAGAGAAGAAUAGUUCCAAGUGGUGUUAGGAUCAUGGCUGCAUCUGAAAUGUUGCUAGAUGCCCAAAGGCUAGCUUCAGAGAAGAAAGGAGUAUAUGAGACUCUAUUUGUUUAUGGAGCUCAUCCCAUUGGAGGUCAAAGAAUCAUAUUGGACCUAGAGCUGAACAUAGAUGUUCCUGAUGAAAUCACUGUUUCAGUGGACAUUAAUAGCUACAUCUGGGUUACUUCAGACUUUUGCCCAGCCCUCAGCGUAGGAAUCUACUUAGCACCUGUUAUCGAUCAUCAAGCUCCCAUUCACAAGCACAAUCAUAUUUAUACAGACAUUCUCAUUCCUCAAAGUGCUGAUGACCAGGGUCCAGAUGGUACUGAAAGAAAAGAGUGGUGGACCAAGUCUGUUCCUUUGAGCUCCAUACCUCAUGUGCCAUUUGGAAUGUUGAGCACAGCAAAUUAUGCCUCCAAUCUUCUGCUAUUCUUUUCCUGA